UUCUUUGCUUCCGAACAUAGCUCAGAGAAUUGUAUAUUUUUAGUAAAAAAUGGAAUUUCCGUUUGAUUUUUUUGUGAUAUUGAGGAACUUUUUAGCUGUAUGUUUAAGGGAACUGUAUCCUAAAUUGUUCUGAUGUCAUGAUCAAGUAUUUCUAUUAUUGUAUGUUCUUUUGAACUUUGAAGUAGUGAAUCGCUUGGAACAAAAAUUACUCUUUUUUUCCAGAAACGUAACACAAAUUGCGUGCACAAGUGAUUUUAUAUUUUUCUAUUCAAAUUUUCUUAAUUGUUUUAUUUUCGUAUGAUUGUGGGAGGAUAACCUGUAAUCUCUAAGAUCACAUUGUAAAAGAGAAAAAAUGAAUAAUACAGGCGGCUAAUUCUGAUUUGGUUAGAAGCGUGAAUACGAACUAAUAGAAUCGUAAUGUCUUGAGGAGAUCAUGGUUCCAACGAUUAUCAGGUGAUGAUGUUGUUUUGGGCUUGAUUAUAACUAAUGUAGCUGUUUUUUACUUAUGGAAAAUUGCAGAUCAGAGUUUUAUGGAGAAAAACUUUACUAUUUCAUUAGACAAUGUUUUACAUGGACGUGUGCACACAAUGAUAACUUCUGCAUUUAGUCAUGCUGAGUUGGGGCACAUGACGUCAAACAUGAUUGGGCUUUGCUUGUUGGGACUUACAGUUGGAGACAUUUUAGGACCAGGAUAUUUGGUGAAGUUGUAUCUAGCUGGAGCAAUUGGUGGCUCAGUGCUCCAUUUGGUGCACCAUGCAUUUUUGGCAUUGAGAUCAAAGGGGCAAGUUAUGUGGAAGGACCCUUCCAGGACUCCUGCACUGGGGGCAAUUGGAGCUGUAAAUGCGCUCAUCUGGCUUUAUAUAUUUCCGAUUCUGGAAGCUGCAAUCUAUCUGGAAUUCUCUAGUAUACCUGUGCGUGUCAUGUUACUGGGAGCCUUUCUAAUUGGGAAGGAUAUGUUGUUAAUAAUAAAUGGAAAUGGUAAUAUCUCAGGAGCAGCUUAUUUGGGAGGUGUCCUAGUAGGAGCUUUAGCCUGUGCUCGAAUUCGAAAGGGACAUUUCUAAAUUCUUGAUUGAUCAGCUAACUCUUUACAUAAACAUUUUGUCAUUAACCAGUACUAUCUUCUAUCCAUGUGCAUCUUGUGGGUACACAAUCCCAUCUUCUAGUAAAAGGUUGAUUAUCAUAGGUUUUUUAGCUAAUAUAUACAAGUAUUAUUGCUUCCUCAAA